UCGACCUCACGCCGCCCCCGCAAAAUUUGGGCUCCGUCCCCAUGCGGGAAUCCCGCGCCGCCGCUCGCGCCCGCGCAACGGCGCAACCACCUCGCCGCGACACCAUUCUAAGCAAAGGCGCAGCCCAAGGAAGCAUCCCCCCAUGCUCCAGUUCCCCGCGUCCCUCUCCCGCUCGCCCUUCGCCUGCGAUGGGUUGCGCGGCGUCGACGGAGAGGGCCGAGCGUCGGAGGCGGGACCUGUCGCUGGGGCUCCACAGCGAGGCGUCCACCGCGGGGCAACCUAACGGGCCGCAGGAUCCGGCGGCGGCGGCGGCGGAUGGGAGGGGAAGGGGGUUUAAUAAGGUGGCGCCGGAGCCGAGGGAGGCGGAAGAACCAGCGUUGGCGCUUCCGGGCUCGCCGAGUUUCCGGAUCUACUGCCAGAAGGAGGCCGCCGUCGACGCGUUGGUGGACGCUGCUGACCCUGACGGCGGAGACAGCGAAGGAUUUGCCAGGGUCACCGAGACGCCUCAGGCGACCAAGAAGAAUGAUCCGGCGCACGGCUCCAGCGAGUUGUCCUCCAAAUCGAAGGAAACGAGCGUGUGGCUGAAGUUCAGGGGCCAGGCGAUCUUAGACGCGGUGUACAACUUGUUCACCUGCAACUGCAGAACAGCUUCAGCUCCUCCUCUGGCUGCUGCUGCUGCUGCAAAAUCUCAUCAUACCUGUGCUGCUUCACCACCUGCAGCAGCUUCUGUCGCGACAUCCUAUCCCUGACCAGACCGGUGCUGUGCGGGAUGCUUCACAUUCUACAUCUCAGCAUCUGCCGUUUGCUGCACUUAAGCUUGGUUGUUGUUUGUAAGCCAACCCUGCAUUUGAGCAACUGGUUUCGCUGGUGAUGUAAGGAGUAUUCCUAUCUGAGUGAAUGCUCCUUUUCUUUGCUAGGGAAGCGUAGUGUUAAAGAAAAAGGAUAAGCAUAUAGUUUGGAAGCUGUUCAUGUAAAUGCCUAAUCUUCCGGGAAUUUUAUGUGUCUCUGAAUGCUCUAGAGGGUUGGAAUGGAAGCAAAAAUUUCCCAAGAUUAA